AUGCCACUACGAGCCCUGAAGGCGCGGAAGGAUGCUCCACAGGUGUUGCCGCCUAUGCCGUCGCGUGAGCAGGUGUACAACGACAUCGAGCAGCGUCGCCUGAAGGAGUGGGAAAACUACCAAAAGUCUCAUCGCUUCAUGGAGGAGGCGCAUACAAAUCGCAUCUUUCUCGACAUUGGCAUUGGAGAUGCGCUGGCGGGAAGACUCGUUGUGGAGCUCUUCGAGGAUGUCGUGCCUGAAACCGCCGCACACUUUCGCCGCCUCGUCACUGGCGAAAGCGGCACUCACGACGCCACCGGUGUCAAGCUUGACUACCUCCACACCUCUCUCGAGCUGAUUGACCGCAAGCACGGCUAUGUGCGCUUUGGGGAUCUUUUGGCGUAUGGCGUACGCCUGGAGCCUCUGCGUCAGGAGACCUUUAAGGUGCGCCACACAAGCCGCGGUCUGCUCACGAUGACAUCCUACGGACCACAUCUGUGCAAUACGUCCUUCAGCAUCACUCUCGCCGCAGCUCCCUCUCUCGACUUCAAACAGGUAGUGUUUGGCAAGGUGGUGGAUGGGCUGCCUCUGCUAGAGAAGCUGGAGUCGCUUCCUCUGGACCAGGUGGGUCGCCCUCUAACACCGGUCAUGAUUGCGCUCUGUGGCACCCUCACAGGAGGGCGUCCCCCUGGUAAGUGGGCUUCGUCACAAGACAGAACUGCCUGCAAAGAAGACCUUGCCUACGAAGCCCUCGAGUGA